AUGUCUGAAAGCGGCGAAAGCGAUAUAGAAUGGAUAUUUUAUAAAGACAGACCAGAAUGGAGAGAUGUUAUCCCUGUUCCUGAAAACGAUGGACCUAACCCAGUUGUAGUCAUUGCUCAUUCUGAGAAAUUUGAAGAUGUUUAUGAUUAUUUCCGUGCAGUACUUCAGAACAAUGAGAAAUCAGAGAGAGUACUUCAGCUCACCAAGGAUGCUGUUGAACUAAAUGCAGCAAAUUAUACUGUCUGGCAAUAUAGAAGAGAAAUACUCAAAGCUUUAGGCACUGACUUACGACCAGAACUAGACUAUGUGGAAUCAGUUAUCAAACAAACACCAAAGAAUUACCAGGUGUGGCAUCAUCGUAGAGUGUUAGUAGAAUGGCUGCGAGAUCCCUCUCAAGAGUUGGAGUUAACUUGUGAUGCAUUGUUGCAAGAUCCUAAAAAUUAUCAUGCAUGGCAACACAGACAAUGGGCAAUCAAAACUUUUGGGCUCUACGACAAGGAAAUGCAAUUCGUCGAAAAUCUACUCAAAGAAGACGUUCGCAACAACUCUGCUUGGAACCAACGUUACUUUAUCGUCAACAAUCACCUCGGAUGGUCAGAUUUGAAUGUCCAAAGAGAAAUUUGCUUUGCUAUGGAGAAAAUUAAAUUCGUAAAGAAUAACGAAAGCGCUUGGAACUAUUUACGAGGCGUCCUAUUGCAUGACAAGCGAGGCAUCAGUGGCAAUGCCGUUGUCACUUCGUUUUGCGAGGAAUUGUACAAGAAUAAAUGCCGUUCACCCCAUCUGCUGUCUUUUAUCAUAGACAUAUGUGAUGAAGCCAUUAAAAAGGGGGAGAGUAGCUCGUUCCAUGGCCCCGAUAGAGCAAUUGAACUUUGCCAAGCGUUAUGCACAAAGUACGAUAAAAUUAGAUGCAAAUAUUGGAAUUAUAUCAGUGAGAAAUUCAAAAAAGUGAAAAGGGAGCAAGAGGAACAAAAAAAGCAAGACGAAGCAGAUGAAAAGUGA